AUGUCUGCUAAACGAACUUAUUCUGCAUCUAAUGUCCUGCUUGAAGAUCCUGACUUUCCUUUUUGGGACUCAGAUGACGAUUUAAUCGAUGAAGUGGAUCAGAUUUUUCUGGAAAAUCCUAUGGAUCUACCCUUGUAUUAUCAAGUGGGCUCCGGAUUUGAGACUUCUCCGUCAUCAGCUCGUGGGUCUGUUUUUAUGGCUGGUUCCGAUGAACGUUCGAUCGAUGAGGCGAUUGUGCUCGAAGAAAAGUCUCGUCGCCGAAACCAUAAAUAUCAGGCCGAGGAGAUUACCUUCCGAGCUAGUAUAGAUAUGGAACGGCUGCCUCAGAACGUACAACGCAUCCCGAUGGUCCGAAUUCCGGACACCGUCCGGGAACUGUUUGAGCAGCUCAUUCGCCGAACGACAACUAAUCUGGGUCCCUCGGACCUCAUCCGAUUUUGUAUCCAAGCAGAAGGGCUGGAUAAACCGAUAAGUACUUCCCUCAUGACAGUUUCGACUUUAACAGUGGAAAAGAUUCUGGCUGCCGUGAUGAAAGUUAUGCAGUCGAAAGACAAAAUUGAGCUAGAUUCAGGAUUCGCGGUGGAUGUCAUCACCAUCAGACGACCUGUGGGUGCCGGAGGAAAUCGGAGAGUCAUCAAUAUCUCCAUAGACAGAUUGAGAAAACAGUCUAUUUUGUCUAUUCCGUACGAUGAGGAAGGACUGUGCUGUGCCAAAGCCAUUGUGUAUGCCCUUGGCACAUUUGAAAAAAGAUACGAGUGCCAUCAAUGCCAUGAGAAAUCGCAGUCGGCCAGCUCUUGUGAACAGGGCAAGGAACUCCAUGUGGCCGCAAAUGUGCCUCUAGGUCCCUGCACAUUUACCGAAAUUGCCAGAUUUGAAGAGCACCUGGAUACUCAAAUUGCAGUCUUCUCAUCGGAAAAUUUGAAUCAGGCCAGCCCCAACGAUGCCCAGACUGUGACCGUCUCUGCCGAUCCGAUGCCUGUUAUGCAGCACACAAAGCCCUCACUGGAAACCAAGAGUUUUCACUUUGCGAUAAGGUAUACCAGUGCAGGGACUGCUGCCAAGUGA